GGGUUCGCCGGGCUGCUCUUCUUGCCUCGCUUGCUGCAACCCACCACCACAUCGCCACACUCCUUCGUCCACGCCGGCCACUGAGCUUCACUCCGGCAGCAGCGCAUCGCGGCAGCCUCGACGCCCGCGCAGCUCGCGCCUCGGCCUCACACACUCUCUCCGCGCUCCUCGGCCCUGCUCGCCAUGGCCUCCCUCGCCGCGCCUCUGCCCUUCGUCGAGUCCGGCCUCGCGGGCGGCGGCGGCGAGGCAGAUGCUGCCGCCGCCGCCAUGCUGCCGCUCGUCGGCUCGCUCGCGGCUGCGGCAGCGGCGGAUCCGCGCGCGCUGUGGAGCGCCUUCAGCAUGAUUCUGGUCUCCGAGAUCGGCGACAAGACCUUUCUCAUCGCCGCCAUUCUCUCCAUGCGGCAUUCGCACGCCGUCGUAUUUGCCGGCGCCUUCUCCGCACUCGCCCUCAUGUCCGUCCUCUCCGCCCUGCUCGGUGCCGCCUUUCCCUCGCUCCUGCCCAAGGCGCUCACCACCUUGCUCGCCGCGCUCCUCUUCUUCGGCUUCGGCGUCAAGAUGCUCAAGGAGGCGCAGGAGAUGACGGGCGAGGAGAUGGGCGAGGAGUGGCAGGAGGCCGAGCGCGAGAUUGAGGAGGAGUCGCACGGCGAAGAUCUGAAGAUGCACGAGCUCGAAGCGGGGCGGUCAGACGGCGCACACGUCGAUGCGGCGCCGCACCCCUCUGCCUAUCCCUCGGCAGACGAGCCGCCACGGUCGCGCACGCCCAAGCCGAAGAAGGACGCAUUUGACGUGCGCGAAGGCGCUCGUAACCUCUGUGGCCUGUGCUUCAGUCCCGUCUUUGCGCAAGCGUUUGUCCUGACGUUCCUCGGCGAGUGGGGCGACCGCAGUCAGAUUGCAACGAUUGCGCUGGCGGCUGCGCAUAGCGUGGUGCUCAUCUCGCUAGGCACGAUCGCGGGACACUGCAUCUGCACAGGCGUGGCAGUGUACGCAGGCAGCUCGUUGGCGUCACGAAUCAGCGUCAAGAAGGUGACGCUGGGCGGAGCAUGCCUCUUCCUCCUCUUUGGCGUGCUGUACCUCCUCGAAGCCUUCUCUGAAGCUCGGGCCGGCAACAUCAAUCCCACCGCAGCGCUCGGUGCCUUCAAGCAGCUCCCCACGUCUGCCGCAGCUGGCGCUCAGGCAGCUGGCGCCGCCGCUGCCUCGGCACCGGGUGUGGGAGCUGCCAUCGCAGCGACGCUGGGCAAGGCAUUGCCGACGCAGCCGGCAGCGCCCGAGAUUGAGGCUGGGCUGAAGGAGGUGCUCAAGCAGGCCCAAGAUGCGGGCGCACAUGUGAUGCGGAGAGCGCUGCGAGGCGUGUAAUGGAAGCUCGUCUCAAGGCGCUGGAAGGUCUGUGGGAAAGAGGAGAGGCACAAGAGAAUGGAGAAUGCCGCUCCUGGGCGCACUCGGCAUGGCAUGGCCUGAACUGUCGUCCGUCCCGCCUCCUGCGCCCUCGAAGCGUGCCCGCACCUCUCUCCUGCGUACGGAAAGGGGAGGGAGGCCAGCGGCUCGGCCACUUCUCCACCGCCCCGCGCUGGACGGCAGUGACGGCCCGGCUUGAGUGCUUCUAGAAGGGCACCCAUGUCGUGCCUGAUCUGUGCCUGCCAUACAGUUGGCCGCAGAGUGACCGAGGCGUGCCCGAAGCGAGCCGUAGAGUGCAAAGAGCGCGGGAAUGUUCCCGGAGUCUGCGAGCCGAGGCGAUCGCCGUCUCCUCCCGGCGGCUGACGGGGUUCUCUGCCGCCUGAGGGCUGGCGGCAGCAGCUCACAGCACCGUCGCA